UUAACAGGCGGAGCUACAGAGAAAGGAAGAGAUGCGGGUGAGAGCCAGUGAAGAGGAAGAACAAAUAACCAAAUGACAGGAAACCACAAGGUCUGUCUGAGACCCAAAUCUGACACGCAACUGGAGAAAUAAGCACACGCACUGAAGGCGGACACUGGAAUUAAUCCAAGGGUUAAUUUUAUCUGUAUCCUCAUAUCAGAGGAAAAUCGUCCGCGCCCGCCCCCAGUGACCCACAGAGGACACAGUUAUUUGGCAGAUGGAGAAGCAGGCCGGAACUGCCGGGGCGCCGGAGGGAGCAGGGCCGAACAGAAAGCACUGGGGCUCAGCGACCUGCGGACAAACCGCCGGUGAUACCCUGGACAGUCCAACAGGUUCUCAUGUAGAAUGGUGUAAACAGCUGAUAGCAGCCACCAUCUCCAGUCAGAUCUCAGGAUCAGUCCCACCUGACAUCGUGAACAGGGAUAACAAGGUGUCCAAGAGGCUGAAUCCCAGGCAGGAUUUACAUGAUGACGGGCUUUGUUACCAUGGAGAAAAUGAUUCUGAUCAUUCUUCUAAUGCUUUGAACCUUCCAGCUCUGAGAUACGGAGCACAAGGCAGAAUGUUCCAGAACCAGGUUCCCCUGCUGCCAGGAGAGACCGUCCACACCACAGUCAAGGAUGUGAUGUAUAUCUGUCCAUUCAGUGGUCUGGUCAGUGGGACUCUGACUAUCACAGACUACAAGCUCUACUUCACCAGUGUGGAAAGGGACUCUCCAUUCAUUCUUGAUGUGAACCUGGGAGCCAUUAGCAGACUGGAAACCAUCAGUGUUCCCACCCAAGGAGAGAACACCAAAGGACUUGAGCUGGUCUGCAAGGACAUGAGGAGUCCCAGGUUUACCUAUAAGACAGACGAGAGCCAUCCAGAUGUGGUGGAGGCACUGGCCAAACAUACCUUCCCACUCUCCCACAACCUGCCUCUGUUCGCCUUUCUGUACAAGGAGCAGUUUCCUGUGGACGGCUGGAAGGUGUACGACCCAACAGCAGAGUACAGGCGUCAGGGUCUCCCUAAUGAGAGCUGGAUCAUCAGUAAGAUUAACAGCACCUAUGACCUGUGUGACACCUAUCCCUCCAUCCUGGUCAUCCCCACCAACAUCACAGACGAGGACAUCAAACGAGUGGCUGUGUUCAGAGCCAAGCACCGCAUACCAGUCUUGUCCUGGAUCCACCCAGAGUCUCAAGCCACCAUUGUGCGCUGCAGCCAGCCCUUAGUUGGACCUUCAGAUCGUCGUUGUAAAGAGGACGAGCGCUUCCUCCAAAUUAUCAUGGAUGCCAACGCCCAGUCUCACAAGCUCACCAUCUUUGAUGCCCGGCAGAGUAGUGUGGCAGUCACCAACAAGGCAAAGGAUGGAGGGUACGAGAGUGAAAGUUUCUAUCCUAAUGUGGAGCUGAAUUUCCUGGAAAUCCCCAAUAUCCAUGUGAUGAGGGAGUCACUGAGAAAGAUGAAGGAUGUGGUUUAUCCCACCAUAGAUGAAGCCCACUGGCACUCUGCUAUCGACCAGACACACUGGCUGGAGUACAUACGUCUGUUAUUAGCAGGAGCAGCAAAAAUAGCAGAUAAGCUGGAGUCUGGGAAGACAUCAGUGGUGGUUCACUGUAGUGACGGCUGGGACAGAACCACUCAGCUCACUUCUCUGGCCAUGCUGAUGCUGGACAGCUACUACCGCACACUCAGAGGAUUCCAGGUUCUGGUGGAGAAGGAGUGGAUUAGUUUUGGACACAAGUUUGCUGCACGGGUGGGUCAUGGCGAUGAGAACCAUGCUAACUCGGAGCGCUCCCCUCUCUUCGUCCAGUUCGUUGACUGCGUUUGGCAGAUGACUCGACAGUUCCCAGCAGCCUUUGAGUUCAAUGAGUUGUUCCUGAUCACGGUGCUGGACCACCUGUACAGCUGCCUGUUUGGUACAUUCUUGUUUAACAGUGAAGCAGAGAGGGCAGAUAAGGAGGUGCACACCAAGACUGUGUCCCUGUGGUCCUACAUUAACAGCCAGCCUGAGGACUUCACCAACCCCUUCUAUGUGGACUAUAAGCACCAUGUUCUGUAUCCACUGGUUUCCUCCAGACACCUAGAACUUUGGACCAGCUACUAUGUCCGCUGGAACCCACGGAUGAGACCACAGGUGCCUGUGCACCAGACUCUGAAGGAGCUUCUGAUCCUGAGAGCAGAGCUGCAAAGGAGGGUGGAGGAGCUGCAAAAAGAGACCUCCUCCCAUUCGCUGUCAUCCUCUUCCUCCCACUCCCCCUCCCCCACACACACCACAGGAACCCCACUGCACACAGCUGUUUGACAGACAGACACACAGACACACACACACACACACACACACACACACACACAUCACAUCACACACACAUCAGAAACACCUCUACAUAUCACUGUUUGCUACUCACAUACAUCUAAAUGCAUGUUUUAGGUCAGUUACUACAAAGCUUGAGGAUAACAGUGUUUACAACAUGACAGAUUCUUACAUUUAUAUUAACAUUAUUACAUUUCUGAAAAUACAUUUUUAGACAAGUAAAAUCAUCUCCUCAAGUCGAAGGUUGUUUUUUAGCAUUUUAAGUAUUAAAAACUAGCCUGACAUCAUCAUCAGUGACUUACCUUCUCUAUUUAUAUCUUUUAAAUGUUCCCCUAGUUCAGAACAGCGAGGUGUCCCUGUACUGUGGGAAUAUUUUAUCAUUCAAUUCAGACUUGACUUUCAGCUCAGUAAAGGAGCCAUCUGUUUUAUCUGCAAGUGUUUUUAUUUUUGUAUGAAGAAAUGUUACAUUAUAUCUCAGGGCUCUGUUAUUCACUGCAGAAGGGACUUAUCUUCAGUAUUUAAAUACAGUGACUGCAUGCUCCCUUACACUUCUCUGCUUGUUCACUGUUUGAGUGAGCUAUGAGCUACACAUUAGUUAAGUUUUAUGGGAAGACAGAGUUCUGCUUUUCCUGUUCCAUCAACAGCCAACAGAAACUUUAACAUUAUUAAAGUGAGGAGAAAAAAUAUAUAAAGCUUUAAAAAAAUCAAUUUCAACUUUUCAACUUUCUUCACUUUCAAUUUUUGUUUCCCAGCCUCAGUAUGUGGUUCAUACCACUUUCCAGGUCCCUCCCCUUUGUAAAGGCAUUGCAAUCCCUUCACCUACUUCCCUAUUUGCAAACACUGCCAUUUGUGUGACAUGGAACAGGAACUGAUCCCAGCUGUCUGUAUUGUUGGAUACCUAAACACUGCCUUACUGUACGUUUUCCUUUAUUUCUCUAUAAAUCAUUUUCGUUUUGUUUACACUGCCUUUUUAUGUGUCAGUAAUAUCACUGGUCUCAUAUUACCAAGUGUGAUUUGUUUUUCUGUAAUUGCCAACCACUUUGUUCUGUCCUUUUUUUCAGUGUAACCUAUAAAUCAUACUGUGUACUUGUGAAAGCUGAAGUGUGAAUCUUGUCAUCUAAAUAAUGUUUAAUUAUGUAAAGUUAAACACAAAGCCCCCUAAUGACUCACAGUCACUUCUGACAUUCCAUUGUAAAAGUAAAAACCAAACAAUCCAAAA